GUGCCCUGUCCCGGCUGCGAGCGCGGCGGUCGCCCGGAGAGCAGACCCAACACCCUGCCCUCAAUAAUGCGCUGUUUUUCUACUUUUAUACCGCUGGACUCCCAGUUUGUACAGCCGAUGAAUCGCCUGCGGGGGUGUUAAUGGACGGGGUAGCAUGAAUUCCCAGUGUUAUACAGUGGCGAUGGACCUUGGCGUUUGUCAACUGAGGAAUUUCUCGAUAUCGUUUCUGUCUUCUGUGCUUGGGAAGGAGAGUGCAUCAGUCAGGGUCGACAAUAGCUCCGCGGGUGCAAGUGUGGUGGCCAUAGACAACAAGAUCGAACAAGCAAUGGACCUGGUGAAGAGCCACCUGAUGUACGCCGUGCGCGAGGAGGUGGAGGUGCUGAAGGAGCAGAUCAAAGAGCUGAUCGAGCGCAACACUCAGCUGGAGCAGGAGAACAACCUGCUCAAGACCCUGGCCAGCCCCGAGCAGAUGGCCCAGUUCCAGGCGCAGGUCCAGACCGGCGGCUCCCCGACCAGCAGCGCCCAGCCUACGGUCCCGGUCCCCGCCGGAUCGACGCAAGUCCUCCCCGCCGCACAGAACUCCGGCUCGUCCGGGUAACACAGAAACCGCACACUGGAGAGCCCCCUGAGGAUGAGAGAUAGGGGGGACGGAAGGAAGAAGGUGAGGAGGAGGAGGAGGACGAAGGAGUCUCGCCAUACUGUGAACCGACUAUGCCACCGUCUUGAGGACACUUCAACUUAACCGGAAGAUGAAAAACAACUUUCCUUUGUUGCACAUUUUAUUUAACUGAAAGACUUUGGAGUUGCACCAGUGUGUGUGUGUGUGUGUGUGUGUGCUCAUGCUCGCUCGCGUGCGUGCGAAUGUGUGUGUGUCUGCUUUGUCUCCAACUUUUAUUACCUGCUUCAGACAAUCUUUGUUGUCGUGCUGGUUGUCGUGGUGAUGAUGAAGAGAAGGACAUAGCUGACAGGAACUUACAGUCGACCCAUUGUUCGGGGCCACUGGAGGAGGGAGGAGCUAACAUAGGGCUCGGCCAAUCGGAGCAGCCCGCUUCGUGCUCUUGUCAGUGCCGGCGAAUCCCAUCGCAGUGUGACCCGUGGAAAGUGUGCCAUCGUAUCGCCCCCCCGCCCCCACCUAAACCCAGCGCUGCCCAUUCGCGCACAGUUUUGUAGUCAGCAUCUACUUGUUUUCCCAUUUCAUUUUUCCGUUUGCACUUAUUUCAGAUGAUUUUGACAGCGGACGAACUUUGAAGAUUCGUACGACCCAUCUGGAAUGGGAGUCAAAUAAUCCAGCUGACUUUUUUUCUGGGCCUCACGAGACCUUGAAGACACGAGAUGUCGCGAGGUCUUGAUUUUUCUGGGUUUGGGGGGGGUUGUAAAAAAUGACGAAAUAUAUAUUAGCAGGGUCUCAUUGUUUGCUUUGAGAACUCUUUUCUUUUCGAGGUUCACAUCGCCGUCCCCACCCCUAGAGCACUCUCCCCCUUCUUGGAUGCAGCAUUAAACAUUUAUGCAGGGAAUCAAUGUUUUUUAAGGGUCGCUGGGAAAGGUUUAGGAUUUGUUUUUGUCUGUUUAUGUUUUUGCUCUUAUUGAUGUAAUAAAUGUCCUAGUGGUCUGUACAAAUAAAUAAUGGAAAAGCGAAUAAACAGGACAUGACUGUU